CCCGAUUGCACUGCGCUUCUGCUUGCACACCCGCCGCCCCUUCCUCUUAUCCCCCAUCGCCCCUCUAGCUCCGCCCGCCGCCCAGAUCCGCCCACAGAAAAAUAUAGAGCAAUAAAACCCUCGACAGAGCCUCCUUUGACCACCCUUGACCUUUGCCCCUCUCACCAUGACUACCUUUUUGCCUACGGAUGGGAUCCGAUCCCGCCUCGAGUGGAACGCGUCCCUCAACCCCGCCGCGGCUCCGUUGCCCACGGAGGACACCAAGUUUUUUCGCAAGACGUCCAUCAUCGCGACUAUCGGUCCGAAUAUCAACACCGUCGAAAAGCUUGCCGACCUCCGCCGCGCCGGCGUCAACAUCGUGCGCAUGAACUUUUCGCACGGAUCGUAUGAGUAUCACCAGAGCGUGAUCGACAACACGAGGAAGAUGGUCGCCGCGGACCCUGAGGGCCGCCCCGUCGCUAUCGCCUUGGACACGAAAGGCCCGGAAAUCCGCACUGGGCUUAUGCGGGACAACAAGGAUAUCCCGAUCAAGGCUGGUCACGAGUUCACCGUCUCUGUCGACCCCAAGUAUGGCGAGAUCUGCGAUGACAAGGUCCUCUUCAUGGAUUACCCCAACCUGCCCAAGGUGACCGCCCCUGGCAAGUUGAUCUAUGUCGACGACGGUAUUCUCUCCCUGCUCGUUGUGUCCAUCGACGGCACCAACGUCCGCGUCCGCGCCGUCAACAACGGCGUCCUCAGCUCGCGCAAGGGCGUUAACCUCCCCAAGACCCCCGUCGACCUCCCCGCCCUCUCCGAGAAGGACAAGAAGGACCUCCAGUUCGGUGUCAAGAACGGCGUCGACAUGAUCUUCGCGUCGUUCAUCCGCCGCGCGCAGGACGUCACCGACAUCCGCACCGUGCUCGGGCCCGACGGUGCGAACAUCAAAAUCAUCGUCAAGAUCGAAAACGAGCAGGGUGUCGCCAACUUUGACGAGAUCCUCAAGGCGACUGACGGUGUCAUGGUCGCUCGUGGCGAUUUGGGUAUCGAGAUCCCCGCCAGUCAGGUAUUUUUGGCACAGAAGAUGAUGAUUGCCAAGUGCAACAUGGCUGGCAAGCCUGUCAUCGUCGCCACUCAGAUGCUCGAAUCCAUGACGUACAACCCAAGGCCCACCCGUGCUGAGAUCAGCGACGUCGCCAACGCCGUACUCGAUGGAGCUGAUUGUGUCAUGCUGUCCGGCGAGACCGCCAAGGGAUCAUACCCUAUCCAGUCUGUGCUCAUGAUGGCGGAGACCUGUCUCCUUGCCGAGGCGGCCAUUUGCCACCCACCUCACUACGACGAGCUUCGCAACAUCGCUCCCCGGCCAACAGAGACUGUGGAGACGGUUGCUCUUGCUGCCGUCGCGGCUGCGGCUGAGCAGAACGCCUCGGCGAUUCUCGUCCUCUCGACGAGCGGCAACACCGCCCGCCUGAUCUCCAAGUAUCGUCCCAGCGUGCCCAUCAUCACUGUGACGCGCAACCAGCAGACCGCUCGCCAGAUCCACCUCCACCGUGGCUGCUAUCCGUUCUGGUACUCCGAGCCGCGAGGCAUUUCGAGUGCCCAAUGGCAGACUGACGUGGACAACCGCAUCCGGUUUGGGCUGCGCAACGCGCUGGCGCUGCACCUGCUGAAGCCCGGCUCGACGAUUGUGGCCGUGCAGGGCUGGAAGGGCGGGUUGGGACACACGAACACGAUGCGUGUCCUGUCUGUGCCCACCGACGCGGCGGACCUGGAGAUGCAGGCACUGGGCGCGAACUAGGGGCGAAAAAUGGAUGAGAGAGAAGCGAAGGGAAGAACAGAAUGGAUGCGAGUCGAUGACUGUAGCGUAUACGAUAGCACGAAGCAUAGACGUUGUUUGUCGAAGCGAGUGGCCACGCGCGGGCUCGAGUUCCCACGCC